GACGCGAGGCUCUCGCAGUCCGUCGCUGGUGCCCCUCACCGCAAGACCGAGAGAACCGGGCCUCUUUGCACCGGGAUUGACACCUCUGGUGGGGUUUUUUUGGCGAGCAGGACGCCAGCUCUGACCUGUUGGAAUACUUCUCAGCAUCGGAGCGAGAGACAACCCAGAAAUCAGAUUUGAACUGAAGGGAUUUACUGCACCACCUCCAAAUUUCUCCGCAGCCUAAAUUUCCCCCAGACUAUUUUCCAGCAGCCAUGUCGAGAAGAAAGGUGAGGGGCCUGACCCGCACGGGCCGCCAGGUCAGCGAGGACCCGGACCUGGACAACCUGCUGUCCGCUCUCUCCCCCGAGGAGAUGGAGGAGCUGGAGAAGGACAUGAUGAAAGUGCCGGACGUCAAGCCGGAGGACGGGAAGCUCCUCGUCCAAGAGAGCCGAGGCGCGCAGGCGCCCGCGAGCAACCACGUCCGGGACGCCAAACUGGACGGCAGGCGAGAGAGUGACCGGAGGGGGAGGCUCGGGGAGAGGGAACUCUCGUUGGAGGGAGAGACAAAGAAGAAGGAGAGCCGGAGGCAGGAAUACCUGAGGAAAACGGGCCUGAGCCAGGAGGGGAGCGACGACGUGACCGAAGGGCUCCAGAGACAAACCAGCGUCUCGAGUGACAAAGGUACGAAGGUCGACGGCCGGAGCAGCAGAGGCCCCGAAGGUCGGCUUUCGAGCCGAUUCUGUAAGCAAGAAAGCAGAGAGAGUGAGGUGAAGGAGGAGACCAAAGAGAAACGUGAGGACAACAAGAUAAGCGACAGGCGAGAAAACCGAGAGAGCACAAGUAGCAAAACAAAGGAUAUGAUCUCGAAGUUACAGGAAAAAAAGGACGAGGGCAAAGACCGAAAAGAAGACGGCCGGAGAAGAGACGAGGGCAAAACCAAAGACAUUAUCUCAAAGCUGCAAGAGAAGCAUGAGAAGGAUACGAGCAAGGACAAGGAGAGGAAAUCAGAGAGUUUCAGGACACAAGGACUUGUCUCUAAAAUGUUGGAAAAGCAGAGCAAAGCACAAGAAAGCCCGGCCCCCCAGGGGAAAACAGAGGAGAGGAAGGAGAGAAAAGAUGAAGACGCGAACAAGCACGAUGCCAAACUCCAGCGACAGCCGUCAGAGAGGGAUGACGCGCAGGUGAAACGCGACAAGGCGGAGGAGAGAACAGACAGAGAAGAGCUGGUCAACCACAGUGACCGCGUGAAAGAGAAGGAGAAGAAGAACAUGAGCCAGGAUCAGAAAGUCGAGGCGAAAGUGGAAAAAGAGGAGGCGGGUGGAAAAGAAACGGAGAAACUCGGCAACUGCGUGGCCAAAAAGAACAGCCCAAACAGCAAGGCGAAGGAGGAGGACGACGACGACGAGGACUCCAGCAUGUUCGACGAGCUGAUGGAGCAGGUUCGCAGCGACGACCCCGAGCUCACCGAGCUCAACGUCAACAACUCGGAGGUCAUCAAGACGAAAACCCUCAUAGAGUUCGCGGAGGCUCUGCACAAGAACACCCACGUGAAGAAGUUCGCUCUGGCCAACUGCCGCGCGGACGACCACGUGGCCUACGCCAUCGCCGGCGCGCUGCGCAGCAACAAGACCCUCGUCAGCAUCAACGUGGACUCCAACCAUCUCACCGGCAAGGGCAUCCUGUCUCUGAUCCAGGCGCUGCCGCACAACUCCACGCUGACCGAGCUUCGCUUUCAAAACCAGCGCCACGUCUGCGGCGGGAAGACGGAGAUGGAGAUGACCAAGGUGCUGAAGGAGAACACCACCUUGCUCAAGCUGGGCUACCACUUUGAGUUGGCGGGACCCCGGAUGACCACGACCAACAUACUGAGCCGCAACAUGGACCGGCAGAGGCAGAAGCGCCUGCAGGAGCAGAAGCAGGCGCAGGCCAACGGGGAGAAGAAGGAGACGCUGGAGGUCCCCAAGGCGGGCGGCGGCGGAGGAUCUCUGAGGAACUCGCCCAGAGCUUCACCCAAACCUUCUCCCGUGCCGUCACCCGCGCCAUCACCCAAGCUGACUCCUAAGAGAGGAGCUCGAGGUCCGCCGCCGCCGCCUCCGCCGCCGCCCGGGUGCGGGCCUCCGCCACCUCCGCCCCCGAUGCUGGAGGUGGACGCCCUGAGGAACUCCCUGACCCCGGUGUCGCAGAGGAAACUGGAUGGUAAAAGCUCGGGCGGUUGUAAGAACUCGAGGGACCAACUGCUGGCCUCGAUCAGAGGAAACAACAAGAAAGAACUCAAGAAGGUGCCGGUGCCAAAGUGGUUGCAGUAAUAUUUAACCUGUUCAAAGUGAGAGAAAAAAAAAGAAGAGACGUUCUCUACGUUUCCCCGGAUGCAGUGGAAAAAAUGUGCAGCGGGAAGGAUGGAGAAAGUGACCCGAGAGAAGCCCAUCGAUUGGACGACCAGCCCUCACAAUGAGUUCUCCCCUCGAACACUGGACCAAAAGGAGUCUGUGGAGAAUGAGUGAUGCAGGCCUCCCUAUUGCAAAGAGUUCCACGAGUGUCGCCGUCGUUGUCUUCAGUACAUAUUAUGGUUAUUUGCACUAGAUAAUAUGAAGUGUUGGGGGGGGGGGGGGGGGUGCGAUGAGCUUAUUGAUGAAAGAUUCAAUUAACUCUUUAUUAAAUUCUAACAUACAAAAGGUUUAUCAGCGAUAUAGUGGACAUUAAUUUGACCAUUUAUUUAUUUGCGGGGAGAAAAUCCACCUCAUAUUUGUAAGUUGUAAGUCUGUUGAAACUGGGUAUUCUUAAAUGGCGUGAAUAUCAGGGAAUUAACAAACAUGGCGGCCCGACUUAAGACAACCUGGAUAAGGAGAAAAAGGUCAGGAUCAAGGUGAUCUUUGAUUGUGUGUCUCAAUGCCAAAUCUCAUGACAUCUCAGGCAGGAUCUAAUGGAUUGGAAAGCAGCCCAGUGGAAUCCUGGUGCACGAUGAAAGAGUUUUAGCGUGGAAACAAUUUUAUCAGGAAGGACAAAUGGCUCUCCUUCCGUAUCUGAUGUUAUAUAUUGUACAGAAUCAUUGUAGCGGUGGUGUUUGAAUACCUUACAUAGCUUAAUGUCUUAAACUUUAUAAAACCAGUAUGGGCUUAUAACAACUCUCCUGUUGAUGUAUGCCCUUAGUUUUAAGUGAAUGUCAUUUUUAAGGAUAAUCUUAAAUCGGAGGGGCACUCAUUAAUUGCACUGUGUAAUGAAAUAUUCUCGGUCAUAUCUGAUUACACAUGCCUUUCUUACAGAGUCUGUAUGACUUCAAUAAAAGAUUCUUCUAUGUUUGCCAUGAAAAGUCA